UUCUCAUAUGUUUUAUUUUAAUAUAUUCCCCCAUGUAUUUAAGCCUACAUAAUUCACAAAUAAUUUAAAUUUAAAAAUUUCCCAAUGAAUAAUCACAACCCAAGCUCAAGCAAAAAAAAAAAGAAAGAAAAAAAAAAUCACUACACAAGAGUGUUAGAGGAAAAAAAAAAAAAAAAGAGAGAGAGAGGAAAAGAAAGUAGCGCCUUCCUUCGUUCCUUUCAAAAGGCUUGUGAGCUGAGAUUUUACCCUAAAAAUGGCGAUUAUGUUGAGCCCCGCCCUCAGACCCCAGUUCCGCCUCCAACAAAUCUUGGUCGCCCUUUCAAGCAACACCCACAAAUACAACAGAGCCACCGACCUCGGCAACAGCACCAUCUAUGGAAACCCAUUUUCGAAAUUUCUCUCUACUCUCUCUCAACCCACAGACGCCCUUGCCGUCGGCACAAACCCCAACAAAGACAAUUCCGAGGCCGUUGUCGCCCUCUUCAGCCGCUACGGCUUCUCCUCCGCCGACACCACCGCCGUCUUAACCAAAAACCCCCGCCUCCUUUCCUCAAAGCCCGAGAAGACCCUCGAGCCCAAGCUAGCCUUCCUCUCUAAGAACGGCAUCAGAGGGGUCAAUCUCGCCCGCAUUUUAUCCAAAGACCCUCGCGUCCUCAGCCGAAGCAUCGACCGUAACAUCGCCCCCUGCAUUCGCUUCCUCAAGGGCUUCUUACGCGGCCGAGGCGGCGGCGGCGACGCCACCGGCACCGAGAUCGCCUACCACUUCUCGCUCCGCCACGGCACCCGGGUCCUGCACCAGUUCACGGAGGCAAUGGCGCCCAACAUCGAGACCUUGCAAUCCCACGGCGUUCCCCGGGAGAACAUUGAGAGAAUGCUAGAGAUCCGGCCGAGGCCCCUCGCCCGCGACAUUGCCGAGUUCGCGGAGAUUGUGAAGACGGCGAAGGAGAUUGGCCUCGACACCUCCUCCAUGGGGUUCAUCCGCGGCGUCGUUGCUCUCUCCGGGAUGAAGAAGGAGAAGUGGGAAUCGAAAAUCGAGGUUUUCAAGAGCCUGGGAUGGUCCAACGAGCAGGUUCGGGCGCUGAUCAUCAAGCAGCCGCGAACUAUGGACGCCUCCGCCGAGCGGCUGACGAAGAGCUUGGAGUUUUUGAGCGAGGAAUUGGGUUGGGGUCCCGAUCAGAUUUUGAGAUACCCUGUUACGAUUAUGCUUAGCUUGGAGAAAAGGAUGGUGCCGAGAUAUACCGUGAUGAAGAAAUUGAUGGAGAAGGGCGUUUUCGACAAGAAGAGAAUGGGGACGGCUUUUUAUAUGGUGGAGGACAAGUUUGUGAAGAAAUAUGUGGAGUUCUAUUCCAAAGACAUUCCUCAGCUUUUGGACUUGUACCAAAACAAGGUUCAAAGUUAAUGCAGUUGGGAAGUUUUGAGUUUGUAGGAGAAUUUCUUGGGCGGACCAAUAGAAUGGAAAGGAUUUGACCCAAUUCUAAACUAAGAAUGGGCUUUUCACGCAAACUACCACCAUGGGUCCAAUAUUGCGCGGCAUAUUUUUGGGGAUAAACUGUACUUUAAUCUCAAUUCUGAAGAAAUCUAUCGUGGAAGAGCAGCAACAACAACAAAUACAAGCUUUAAUCCCAAAUCUAUCGUGGAAGAGCAAUGAGGGUUUUUUUUUUACCUUUUAUUAUUUAUUAUAGAAUACAAGUUAUGGUUUUUGGAAGUAUAGGAUUAGUCAAGAUGAAAUGACACAAUAUGGGCAUGGAAACUCAUUACUGGUAGUUUUGCCUCAUUUUCAUGGUUACAUUGACUUCUAGAAUAUAUACAAGAUGAGGCAUACAAUUGGGGAACAAAAAUGGUAUUCAUCCAAAGGGAACCCCACGCUCACAAAAUGGUAGGUCUCAUUAGGUUAGGUCUCACUUAUCUACUUAGCGGGACCACUUUGCUGUUGGAACGAAUAGGAGUACU